AUGAAAUCUAUCACCCUUCUCUCCUUCCUCGCGUUCACAACCUCCACCCUUGCAGAGCCCCUCCCACCCCGCCAAUCCACUUGUCCAAAAAUAUAUGAUCCGAAAUGCAGCUACAUCUGUGGCCAGAAACCCAUCGACUUCUGGUACUGCAGCGACAAAAACAUCUGGCCAGUCCCGACAGACGAUAACUACUGUACCCCCUGCCCCCGAGGUACUCCAACAACUGCCCCAAAACCUCGUCAAUCAACUUGCCCGAAGAAACAUGAUCCCAAAUGUGCCUAUAUCUGCGGUCAGAAGUCUAUAGAUUUUUGGUAUUGUUCUGAUAAGAACGUUUGGGAGACCCCAACUGACGAUAACUGGUGUACUGCCUGCCCCGGUACUCCGGUACCUCGUCCAACAACCUGCUCAAAGGUCUUCGAUCCAAAUUGUUCCUUCAUUUGCGGCCAGAAAUCUAUUGAUUUCUGGUACUGCUCUUCUAAAAACCUUUGGCCGAUUCCAUCAGACGACAACUACUGUACCCCUUGCCCACGGAGCAGGACCGCAAGAGAUGUAAGAAAGCGUCUGCUAGCUCCUCGCCGUUUGGUAAAUCUAUCAGAGGUUGGAGCGAAUGCUUGCCCGAAUAAUAAGGAUGAAACAUGCCGGUUUAUUUGUGGGAAGGAAGGCGUUGACAUUUUGUUCUGUUCUGAGAAGAACAUUUAUGAAAACUUGGUUUUGAACCCUGGUGAAAAGAAGAAUGAAGAGAAUUGGUGUGCCGCUUGCAAAUAA